GUGAUACCAUUACAAUAAUAUUCAGAAGUGUCUUGAACUCUUGAUGAAUUUAACAAUUCAUAAGCUAUAGGCAUAAGUGCAUAACAAACUACAAGGAAACAAGCAGUCAAGCAAUAAUAAAUUGCAAGUUAUAACAUUGAACAUAAUAAUUUUUAUUUUGAAAUAGCAAUGGGACUUGACAAUGAAAAUCCAACUUUAUUUGAAAAAAGUGAAGAGAGGAUAGUAAGUGAAAAAGAUUUGGACGAUGAUGAAGCUGAAGAAUUUGAUUCAAGGGAAAUUUUUGAUUUGAUCAGAGGAAUAACCGAUCCUGAACAUCCACUGUCUCUUGAAGAACUUAGAGUUGUUGAUCAAAAUUUAAUUGAGGUCGAAGAUAGCAUGAAUAUAGUUAAGGUGUUAUUUACACCAACUAUCCCUCAUUGCAGUAUGGCUACAUUGAUUGGAUUAUCUAUUAAAGUUCGACUUCUAUGGUGUCUACCACCGCGCUUCAAAAUAUCUGUUACCAUAACUCCAGGCACUCAUGCAUCCGAACAUGCUAUCAAUAAGCAAUUAGAUGACAAAGAAAGAGUGGCUGCAGCUUUGGAAAAUACACAUCUAUCAACAGUCUUAAAUAAAUGUAUAGCUACAGCAUAGUAUGGCGUUCAGAUGUUACUACUAGA